AUGUCCUGCUCCAGCCUGUGCUCUCCCUGUGGGGUGGCCGCCCCGGCCCCCCUGGCCGACACCUGCAACGAGCCCUGCGUGCGGCAGUGCCCUGACUCCAACGUGGUGAUCCAGCCCCCUCCUGUUGUGGUCACCUUCCCUGGGCCCAUCCUCAGCAACUUCCCCCAGUCUAGCUUCGUUGGCUCUGCAGGAGUCCCCGGGGUUGGGGGUGGCUAUGGUGGCACUUUCGGUAGCUAUGGAGGCUAUGGAGGCCUUGGUGGCUAUGGAAGCUAUGGAGGCCUUGGUGGCUAUGGAGGCUAUGGAGGCUUUGGGGGCUGUGGAGGCUAUGGAGGCUUUGGGGGCUACGGUGGCUGGCGCCGUGGCUCUCGAUACCUCAGUGGUAGCUGUGGGUCCUGCUGA